GGUGCAAGAUGAUGACCAACAGCAUGGAGCAGAACGACUGGAAAGUUCCUCCCGACAACACCGUCCAGGUGGUUGAUCCUAUGGGCAUGAACGAGCUGGACUUUAAAUAAUACCCAAGUUUGUACUGCAGGCAUAUUUAGCCUACAUUGCUUACGCGAUGGCGGAGGAUCAGGAGGCCGACGGUCCCAAGAGAAACUGGACGGGCAUCCUCAUCUCCCUCGGCAUCAUUACCUUCGUCCUGCUCAUGGUCACCAUCGCGACCCUCCUCGUGGGCGAACCUCCGCCCACCUUCUACGGGCGGAGACUCGUGAUAACGGAUCUCAAGAAUCCCGCCUUCGUCGCCGCCGCCAUGGGCACGCAGUGGGUCACGGGUGAGCAGUUGGCGUACGUGUCUGAAAAGAAAGGAAUCAGACUGCUCAAUGUAAACACAAAUGUCAACAUUACUCUCGUCACAAAUAUCGCCUUGCACCAGACGGGGGCGGCCGAAUUUUCUGUCUCUCCCAACAUGCGCUACGUUCUCCUUGUCCAUGACGUCAUCAAGGGUCGGCUGUUCACUUCGACCGCCGAAUACAGUGUUUAUGACGUCACGACAGAUCAUUACUACCCCCUGAAGCUCUGGCGGCAGGAGGUGGGCCACCCGCGGUACCAGCACGCGGCGUGGGUGGGCGAGGCGGGGGCGGCGCUGGUGGUGGUGAGCGAAGGCAACAUCUUCUACCUGCCGUCGCCCAACGCCAGCCCCGUGACGCUCACUUCCGACGCCACGCCUGACAUCCUGUACAAUGGGGUCCCCGAUCUUCUCUAUGAAGAGAUCCUGGGUCAGGGCCACGCAGUCUGGCCGUCUCCGAGCGGGGACUACGUCGCUGCCGUGUCCAUCAACAACACCGGCGUGAGAGAGCUGCCGGUCCUCGUGUACGCCGACAACGUGUACCCGACGGUGCAGACGCUACGGUAUCCCACGGUCAGCACGCCCAUCCCGGAGGCGUGGCUGUGGAUCUACGACCUUCAGAGCAAGCAAGUUCCUCCGCCAAGAACGAGACUCAUUCCACCCGAGCCGAUUGAAGACUCUCAUUACAUCGUGGGCGUCGGAUGGGUCAACAGCACGGCUGUGUGGGCGUCGUGGGCGUCCCGAGACCAGUCCUCUGCGGUUCUGGCGACUUGUGAAGCGCCAGCGUGGAACUGCUCGCUGGUGCACGUGAACCACAAGGACGGGGGCGUGUCUCCCGUGGUGCGGUCCGUGGUGUGGGCGGGGAGCUGGGCCGUGUUCCCGUGGUCGGUCCGGACGCUGUCGGGGUCUUGGCACAACCACGUGGCGCUGGUGGGGGCGCGGGAGGGUCGCCACGCCCCCCUCACGCUGGAGGACUAUCACGUGGUGGAGGUGCUCGGCUACGACACGUCCGAUGACCUCGUCUUCUUCCGGGGGUCAGAGCUGGUGAACGGAGCGGGCCGCCAGCAGGUGUACAGCGUGUCGACCAUGAACGAGAACGUGGCGUGCCUCACCUGCCACCUGGGCUGCCCCUUCGUCACGGCCUCCCUCAGCCCCACCUUCAUCGGGCUGGCUGUGGCCUGCACGGGCUCGGACCCCCCCUCGUCCCACCUCGUCUCCCUCGUCACCAACGGAUCUUCGGUCACGCUCCACAGCCAGUUCGGCCUCAGAAUCGCCCUGGAGGACCUCGCUCUGCCGGUGGUGACCUCGCACGACGUGGCCCUCGCCCCCGCCCUCCACGCCGCCGUCACCCUCACGCUGCCGCCGGGCUGGAGCGCCGAGGACGACACGCUCCUGUACCCUCUCGUCGUGCAGAUGAAGGGCCCAGGAGAGCAAAACGUAGACGAAGGACCCUGGCACUUGGGGUGGAAGGAGUACCUGGCGUCGGGGCACCAAGUGGCACAUGCCAGCGUCCAGCUCUGGGGUGCCGAUCCUUCCACACGGGCAUCUACGCAUACCCUGGCACAGUACCAGGCUAGGGUCAUUCAGAAAAUGAUGGAGCAGUUUGACUUCCUGGACCCGCAGAACGUGGCCGUGUGGGGGUGGGGGCCAGGGGCGUCUCUGGCACUCGACGCUGCGGCACUGGCACCUGAUCUGCUCAAGUGUGUUGCCGCUGUUAACCCGGUUACCGACUGGCGGGCGCAUGGCUCCUUCUGGGCCGAGCGCCUCCUGGGCGCGGAGGACAGCGAGGGAGCCGGCCGCCGCUACGAGGACAGUGACCUGACCCGCCUGGCGCCUGACCUCGGGAGCAACCGCGUGCUUCUCGCCCACGGCACGCGGGACCCUGCUGCUCACCACGCCUUCCUGCUGGCGCACUCCUUCAUCGCCGAGGGGUCCUACUUCACCCACGUGGUGUACACGGACGACGACUACAUGCUCGACCUCAACCGCUACCACCUCAUCAAUGCCUUCAAGUCGUUCUUCUUCAGCUGCCUUCAUGACCCUCUGGUGUACGAGCAAGAGAACAAGUGAGCGGCUUACAGGCCCCGCGACUGUUGUUUCACGAGCACUCGCUUUCUGUCGAGUAAUUACGGGUGAAGAGGAGCCUUUCAGUAGCAAUAAUCAUCGUUCCCUCCCUUUUAUCCACCUCCUUACUUCUUCCUCCUGAGCCUGAAGGAGGUAGGAUUCUCUUCGUCGCGGCCCCCCGUCCUGCUGGGUCCUGGCCUGAUGGAUGAGUAACCAAGAGCGUUGUCUAUGAGGUGUUUUUCUACGUUGUUGAUGAGGAGAGCCACGUGACGACAAUCCCUGCUGAGUGGCCAAGUGAGACGUUCGAGCCACCAGAGAGGCGUCAUACCUCACCCUCGAGCCUCAAGAAACAUGCGAGGCAACGAGGCUCCCGUCAGGUUUCGGUCUUCCUCCGAGUGGAGGCGAGAGGCCGACGGAGGCGGGGCCCACAAGUCUCGUUAUGCCUACGUAAACUACGUUGUUAAGACUUCAUUUGUUACUAAUGAUUACUCCCUUAUGUCCCCUAGUCAUCGGUAUCGUUGUUUUUGUUUUUUUUGUUUCUUAGUAUUUCGCUUUUUCACAAAUUUCCCUCAGUAUUGCAUCGCCUCCGUAGAUCCAACCCCACCGUGUUUACGUGUGCAUGUUUUUUAAGAAAUGUAUCUUUUUCGUAUUCACCGAAUGAAAUCCAUCUCAAUCAUCACGGUUAAUCAAAAAGUUCGGCCUUCUCUUUUUUCUAUUCCUCUCUCAAACGCGAAACUCAAGGUCCAAACCCCACGGACCCUUUGCCUUAGGCUGAAAAUCCUUUCGAGUUCGUUGAACACGUGAGAACCGGUCUGCCUGCUUCCCAGAGGUCCUGUGAGAAAGUGCCACAGAGGGAGAUAGGGCCUCUGAGUCAACAUUCUGUGGUGCUUCCCUGGGCCGGCGCCAGUGUAUCUGCUAAUCUGUAAGUGUAGACAAGACCUGUACGGGAGGAAGAGCUUUGAUUUCGCCGCCAUGCUCGAACGUGUGCAGUGGCAGCUUCUGAUGUGUCGCUGCUCUCUGUGUCUCUGUUACUGGUAAUGAUGUAAGGACAGCCGUGUCUCCAGCCACUAGAACUGCGGUACAAGGUAGACUCAUAGUAGAUUUUACCCCUCGAACAAGUUAACUUUUUUCUAUUGUUCAAAUAAAAAAAUCUCUUAUUCGCAUGCAGAUUAUUUUUACCAGAUGAAGGAAGAAAGAAAAUAGUAAUAUAGUGUCGAUGUGUUAAGUCCAGAGACAGGGCUUUUGAUAAAGAAGAAAAGGAAUGUGGUUGAAAAACAAAAACAACUGGCUAGGUUCAUCUAGGUUUCUUCUCAGGAACUAGAAUUUAUCCUCAGUCAGACUCUUCUUUGCAUCGCUGCUGCCGAUAAACAUUCGUUUUUUUACCCUUAGAGAGCAGUCCCUUAGUGUUUUUUCUAAGGGUGACUACUAAUGUAUUAUGUAGAUAGAAUGGAAGCAGGGUCUUAGGAUAUUGCUUAUAGCAGUAUCUUUUGUACAGUGUUGUACAAUAUCAAAGUAUGUACAUAUAUACCUAUUACAGUAAAGUACAUUUGUUAACAUAUUGUUUCCCCUGAAUAGUCCUGUUAUCCCGACAAGAGCUAUGGUCUAUGUAAGUGUACAGUGUUAUGGCGUAAUGUAGGUACUUUCCUAAGGUAAGGUUCACCUCGGAACAACAUCAAUAGCUUCUACAAACUGGCUACAGGUUAUCGUUUCUUCAUGAAAUGAAAGAUAAUCAAAACAUGUGUGAAAUCUCGCGAUUCAGUUAGCAACAGCUGUCCCCAUCCCGAGUUACCCCACUCUCCUCUUAUCGUAAAUAGUUCUACUUUGUUCCAAAGGCCUAAAUAGCAGAUAGACCCUCCUCCCUUUGCUUUGAGAUUAGAAUGACAUAGACAAAAUAAAGAUGGCGGAGAAGGGGAGAGGAAAUAUGAGAUAUAUUAUUUUCUGUGUCCAUUUUUUUUCGGACAGGCCUACCUCGAAGACAGCCUCCAGUCUUUGUGCGUUGUGGAUACUCGUUCACAUCCGCAAGCAAAAAUACUGGACCACGCUUCUGAGCCCCUUGCUGGUAGACCUCCGAGAAAGAAAAAUCACAAAACAGACAAGAAAAGACAAGUAUGGAGAGACGAGAACCUUAAGCCACUCGAAGGCAAAGGAAGAUGUGUCAUGUUAUACAGGAUUUGCUCAUGUUAUGUAGUUUAGUGUGUUUAGGAAGGACACUGUUAUGUGUGAACUGUGACCUUGGGCUGUAUCGUGGCGCAAGGUCGAUGCCAAUCCAGAUUAUCUAGGCUUUAAUAUAUAUUUCAUAAGA